AAUUACCCUCUUCCGGCGACUGUCUAUCACUUCCGGUGGUAAGCAGGGAUGACGAUUGAGAUGUACCAGACAUUGUUAGUACAUGUAUAGCUGUUUUGGGAGGAACACGCCAUAACAACACAGAAGCCGUCCGAUGAAUGCUGUGGUAUGGACCGAUUGCAGGUGACGUCACUUCUCCUCCUAACCGCCAUUCUCCAGGCUCUGACUUACGAUCCCUUGGUGAUUCCAAACAUCACCCAAGCCAAUCUGAGCUCUACUUACCGAGACUAUGUAGCAUCCAGAGCCGUGGAUGGUCGGCCGGAUCUGUUGAACCUGAUAGCGGAGGACUCUUGUACGCACACAGACGUGGGCCAGCCCUCAGCCUGGCUGCGGGUAGAUCUAGGAGCCGAGUACAGCGUCUACCGAGUCACGAUCUGGUACAGAAACGAUCGCGAUGUGAAGCCGGACACGGUGCGGUUACAGGGUUACUCCGUACGGGUGUCCAAUGAUACGUCAUCUAUCCCCCCGUCCAACGUCUGCUUCCAACAUGACGGAACUUCCCAGAUUCCUAUCAUCACCACAAAUGACUGUCCACGGAUCGCCCGAUACGUCUGGUUUUACAAUGAAGGCCGGUCACCGCAAACUAUCCUGGAAAUAUGCGAAGUCCAAAUUGAUGGAUGUGAGUUGAAUCACUAUGGAGAAAACUGCACGUCUUGUGGUUUUGGUUGUGAAAUUUGUGACAUCACAUCCGGUUGCACAAAAUGCUUGUCGGGUCACGUUUUCCCUGCCUGCGAAUGCCCACCUGGUCGGUAUGGCGUAGGUUGUACGGAGGCCUGCAGCCUGAACUGUUUCCUCAGCGUGUGUCACAUAGAGAGCGGGGAGUGCAGCAGUGGCUGUAACGCCGGCUAUCUCGGCGACUUCUGUAAUGAAACUUGCUCAUUGGGACGUUUUGGAACUGGGUGUCAAUUUCCAUGCAGUGGGAAUUGUAUAAACAACGACCCUUGCAAUCAUACAAACGGAAGUUGUGACCGCGGCUGCGCAGUACGUUGGAGUGGACCUGUUUGUAAUCAAACUGUUCUGCUCCCCCCUAUUGAAGUUUCUGGAGGCAGCAUUGCCGGUUCGAUAGUUGGAGUUUUGUUCGCCGCCAUUGUGGUAGCUGUCGUCAUAGUUUUAAUCAUGAGGUUUCGACGAAAGUUGACGCCGGAGUACAGGGAUUUUGUGUAUCAGAGAAGUUUAAAGAUAAAACGGGAGGGUACAAAUAGUUCUGCAGAUCUUGUAAAUGACUUAAGUGAAGAACAAAGUUCACGGCAAAGCCAUCUAGUAAAGAGAGACACGUCACUUUACUCUAAUACGCCACGACAGUCGUAUUUUCUUACCUCCAAAGAAAUAAGAGUGAAGGAUAUUUCUAAUGUUUUAAAAGUGAAAUCAAGAGAUAGCUACAGAAUAUUUCUAGACGAAUUUAAGAAUAUUCCUUACGGAGAAGAGAGUCAUAUAGCCUGUACUGUAGCCAAGGAAACACACAACAAGCCAAGGAACCGGUUCAAAACCACAUUUCCAUAUGAUCACUCCCGAGUAGUUCUGAGAUCUGGUGAAAAUGACUAUAUCAACGCUAACUACAUACAGGACUAUGACGAGAAUAAAAGAUAUAUAGCAUCCCAAGGCCCAAAGAGCAACACGCUCGUAGAUCAUUGGUUGAUGAUUUGGCAGGAGGAGGUGUCACUAAUUGUCAUGCUGACCAAUCGGAUUGAAGGAGGCAAGACAAAAUGUGAGCAGUAUUGGCCAGAGUCAGGAACGGAAGUGACGUAUGGAGACAUCAUAGUACGUCUGCAAAACGAAAAACAUUACGCUUGUUACGUCAUAAGGCAGAUGGAAGUACAUCACAAGUCAAAGGCGGCGAGUAGAGUGGUCACUCAAAUGCAUUACACUCACUGGCCGGACCACGGCGUUCCCGACCCCCUAGAUCUGGUGACCUUUUAUAGACACGUGGCGCGGGUCAUAGACAAACAGAAGGAUCAUGGUCUUUUGUUGGUUCACUGCAGUGCGGGUAUCGGGAGGACGGGGACGUUUAUAGCGCUGGACUCCAUGUAUCACUGCGGUCAGACACAUGGCAGCUUUAACCCCGUUGAUUACGUCAAAACAAUGAGGAAAGAUCGAAUGAGUAUGAUUCAGAAUGUGGAUCAGUACGUGUUUCUCCAUUUCGCACUGAAAGAAUGUUUUGUGUGGGAAGACAGAACUAAAAGUACAUGUACUUUCACUGAGGAACAAACCAACCACAAGGCUGCUGUUCUAAAGAUGGCGCAGGAAUUCAAUGAGCUGAUUUCCAUAAAGCAGCCCUACAGUGAAGCUGAUAAAUCCGCCGGGGUUUCCCACAAAGAGUUAAACUACACUCACAGCAUUCUACCAGUGGACAAGUACAAAGUGGGUCUGACGUCAUACGUGGACGGACGGUCCGAGUAUUACAAUGCAGUCUUCCUGCGUUCUUUUUGUGAGAACCAAGCAUUGAUCGCAGCUCAGUACCCCCUGGAGGGACAGGCGCUGGAUUUCCUGAGGCUCUUGACAGACCACGAAUCUAACGUUUUAGUUUCUAUCAACCCUCUGAAGGACAUUCUAUCGACCAAAGAGUGGUUCCCGGCGGCGGGUUCACUGACUGUGUCCACCUACACGGUAUCACUGAUAAAGUCCGAGUUCAUCACCCCCUCCAUCCGGAGAUCAGACAUCCAGAUCAGAUACGACGAGUCAGAGGCACAUCUGGUUCAGGUUUAUGAAUUAACUACAUGGAAAUUUAAUGAUACCAUCCCACGUGACCUACAGAUGAUUAUGGAUGUCAUCAGUCACGUGAACACGGGCGGAGUCGAGAAAGAAAUCGUCUCUCCGAUUACCAUUGUGUCCAAGGACGGUGCCGUGGGUUGCGGUGUGUUCUGUGCCGUGUAUAACGCCGUACAACAGAUACAACAGGACGCCGAGGUGGACAUGUUUACCAUCGUACGACAGCUGCAGGUCCGCCGACCGGAAAUGAUCUCAACCGUGGAGGAGUACCAUGCAUGUCAUAAAAUUAUUGUAAUGACUUUAGAGAGAUGUAGCGAAGAGUUCGGCAGUAAACCCCUCAACACGGGGCCCACCGAGGGGGAACUGUACAGCAAUGUGGAAAAUAUGUACGCUAAUUCCUAGGAAUGUGUACACAUAUAACAUGAACCUGGCCGCUAUAUGGACAACUAUGCUGCACGCCUAGAAUAUGUUACUAGUAACUUAUUACUAGGACAGCUUACAUUACAUUUACUACAUAAAGUGUACCUUGGUUCCUUAUGACGUCACUCAUCUGUAGGAGGAUCGUGUUCGUUCUUUGAAAAUGAUGGGCAUCCCUCGACCUGUACUUACAUACAUUGUACAUGUACCAGUGGCCGGGAUCCUGUGUCAACCUUUCUUGUCAUACUUAUGACAAACAGAAAAGAACAUACAACAUGGUUAUCUGAGAUUAUCUCAAGUUGUUUCAGUUGUUUAAUUGUGUUGUACAUGAUAACUAAUUAUAAAAUAAAAAUUAUAUAUA